GACCGUAAGUAAUAAAAAUAAUUUCAAAAUAAACUGUUUUAAAUGUUGAUCAAACUUCAUUAGCAAAGGUAAAUAAAAAUACUGAAUGUAAUAAUUAAUUCGUGAACAGUAAUUUCAAAUAUCAUUUAUUCGCCAUCGCUAUAUUCAUAGAUAUUAUAUAAAGAAAUGUAAACUAUAGCUUUAGGUUUUGCUUAUAUUUUGAAUUUUCUUUUGAUUUCAUCGUUCGUAACACUGAAUUUCAUCAUCAGUACGCUUCUGUUAGUCAGCAGAUAAACACAAGAUAUUCCACCGUUAGUCAGUUGCUUAAUAUUUCCAAUUAAAUUUGAAUUGACUUGUAUCAAUAAUGGCUUAUUUUAACAUCAGAAAUGCGAUUCAAAAUCACCUGGAAUUGAACCAUCAGGUUCAUAAAAGAGCGAAAGAGAUUUUUUAUAAUUUAACAGCUAACACAGAUAUAAUAUAUGCCUCACGUCUCUAUAAUAUUGAAUUUUCGGCAUUGAAGUUGAAACUAAAUAUAUUGCAGCAAAAAAACGAUUAUGAGACAAAAAAAAAAGUUUCAUAAAGCAGUAAACAAUUUUGUAUUUAACAAUGAACCUUUAGAGGAUGCUGCUAGAAACAAUGGAAUUGAUGAUUUGUUAACACUGCUUAAAGAAUCUGUGAAAUGUUUGCGUUUAAAAUUAAAUAAAGAGAUAUAUACAUAUGACAAACUUUCAGAAAAGAAUGGAGUUUUUACAUUUAAUGAGGAAUCUUUGUUAUUGAAAGAAUUAAAAGCCUGGGAAAAGAGACAAGAAAGUCCAUGUAUUUGUCAAGUUUGCGCAAUGCAACAACCACGAAGUAUUGCGUACAAUUUAGCCCAGCAAAACGAAAAAUGUCCUCAAAUAUGGAAGAACAACAAAGCGAACUUGUCCUGGCUGUAUAAUUUCAUAAUAAAAUAUACCGAAGAAAUAUCCAAGUUCAAGACUGCUAAAGAGUGCAAAAUAGAUAAUGCUUCGCCGACCGAUUCGAAAUCUCCAUCAUUAACCGAAGAAGAAGUGUCGGACCCACAUACUACACUAUCCGAUUUGUCAGAAUACAGUGGACCAUCACCAGUUAUUAACAUUAAAGAAAGAGAAAGACGUGAGAUGAGAAUAAAGAUUGAAGAACAUCUAAAAGUGAACGCAAAGCUCAACAUAGCAGCCAAAAAGGUUUUAGCAAAUGUUUUAGUAAAAAAGGCUAAUAUUGAAAAAAUUGCAAAAAAAUAUGAUCUUAAUCAUUCACUUUUAACAUCAAAAAUUAAUAUAUUAAAAUGGAAAACAAAAACUUUUGAGAAAAAACUUAAAUAUGAAUCGGCAAUAAAUUAUAUUAUAUUUAAUGAAACGUCUACAUCGAUCGCUGCAAGAAAAUAUAACGCUGAUGAAGUAACUUUAACCAUGGAAUUAAGCGAAUGGAGGAAGUCAAAAAGUGGUACAUAUGUAUAUGAUGCACUUACAGUAGACAACACAGGAAUUUUCACAUUUUCGGAGGAAUUUGUGUUACUAAAACAAUUACUACGUCUGCACCCUGGAAAUCUGGAUCAGAACUGCAAUUGUCAAAUUUGCGUAUUAGAACACCUAUCCAAACUAGCUUAUAACUUCGCUAAAGAACUUCAUAAAAAAUGUCCUUUUCAAUGGAACAAACAUGAAAAAGCGGACGUAACCUGGCUACUUGAGUUCGAAAUGAGAUAUAGCAAAGAAAUUGCUGACAACACCGACAGUAAGUGUAAAGCAUCAGAAAAAACAGGAUAUGUCGAGUAGCAAUAAAUUUCGAAAUCAAAUACUUCGAACAUUAAUCUGCAAAGAAAUCUUGAUCCAUCGAAAAUUAUCCAUACAACAUCACGUCUAAAAACAGAACAUAAAACUUCUUAAAUAUGAUAUAUCUUAUAUAUUGACGUUUUAAAGACAUAAAUUAAUAUAAUGACUAUAAAGACAUCUUGAUGACUCUUUUAAGACGU